AUGUACUCAUUCAACACCGCCGCUCUCGUUGCCCUUGCUGGCUUCGCCGCCGUUGAGGCCGCCAUUGUCUCUCCCGCUCCUCAGCCUACCAUCGUCAAGAACGGCACCGUCACCAUCACCAGUGUGUACGAUGUCUACACCACUGUCUGCGCUGGUCCUACCAGCUUCCACCUUGGAGGCAAGGACUACGUCGUCACUGAGCCUUGCACUCUGACCAUCACUGACUGCCCUUGCACCGUCACUGAGACUCACCCCGCUGGCCCUACCUGGAUCCCUGGCAAGCCCUACCACCCUGCUCCCCCCAAGCCUGAGCACCCCUCCAAGCCCGAGCACCCCGUGGUUACCGCCAAGACCACCGGCCCUCAGGCUCCCGAGGCUACCAAGCCUGCCAAGGGUACGGAUGUCCCCGAGACUCCCGUCGUUGUUGCCGGCGCUGGUGCUGUUCAGGUCGGUCUCGGUCUGGCUGCCAUGCUCGGUCUCAUUGCUCUGUAA